GCGGAACUAAACCUCCUCGGAACCUAAAAAAUCGCGCGGGCGUUCAGCUGCGCCGCGUUUCCUGCGGACUCGGACCCUUGACUCUGGGACAAGAUGGCGGCUCCCUUGCUCCGCGCUGUCCGUGCUGCUGCUGCUGCCACCCCUUCGUCUCUGUGGCAUGCUCCGGGCAUGCGUGGGGCCGGCUCGUUGGCGUCACUGCCUCCGGCCACCGUCCCCUCGAGCCGCGGGGAGUUUGUGGUGACUAAGCUUGACGACCUCGUCAACUGGGCCCGCAGGAGCUCACUAUGGCCCAUGACGUUUGGCCUGGCGUGCUGUGCGGUGGAGAUGAUGCACAUGGCCGCCCCGCGCUACGACAUGGACCGGUUUGGCGUCGUGUUCCGUGCGUCCCCGCGCCAGGCGGAUGUCAUGAUCGUAGCCGGGACACUCACCAACAAGAUGGCGCCUGCCCUGCGCAAGGUUUAUGAUCAGAUGCCUGAACCUCGCUGGGUUAUCUCCAUGGGAAGCUGUGCCAAUGGAGGUGGCUACUACCACUACUCUUACUCAGUGGUGCGUGGCUGUGACCGCAUCGUCCCCGUUGACAUCUACGUGCCCGGCUGCCCUCCCACAGCGGAGGCUCUCCUCUACGGAGUGCUGCAGUUGCAGAAGAAAAUCAAGAGGCAGAAAGUGAUCCAGAUGUGGUAUCGGAAGUAGACAGCCACCACCACCGUCACCACCGUCACCACCGUCACCACCAUCAACAUCUCCAUCGCAACCGCCGCCUCCACCAUCGCUGCUACCACCGCCACCACCGCCACCACCGCCACCACCGCCAGGACCACCACUGCCACCGC